CGCGGGGAACCUACGGCGGAUUUUCGUCGUCGAUGGCCCCUGUUUUUUUCUGCCCCCAAAAAGACCUCACACUACGGUCACUUCGAUUUUUGCCUUCGUGCCAGUCAAUUCAAAGAAACUAUGAGCUCGGGUGUGGGUGUCCAUGACGACGUCGUGACGGAAUUCAACGACUUCAAGCUCCAGAAGGCGCCGUUCAACUUCCGCUACUUCAUCUACAAGAUCGAGGGCGACUCGGAGAUCGUCAUUGAGCACCGUGGCGACCGCUCGGAGACGUACGAUGACUUUGCCGCCAAGCUCAACGCGACGACGAACGAGUGCCGGUACGGCCUGAUCGACCUCGACUUCACGACCAAGGACGGUCGCCCGACGUCGAAGCUCGUGUUCAUCUCGUGGUCGCCCGAUACGGCCCGCGUCAAGAGCAAGAUGUUGUACGCCAGCUCCAAGGAAGCCAUCAAGCGUGGUCUUGUCGGCGUCGGUAUUUACUUGAGCGCCACGGACGCCUCGGAGCUCUCGUUCAGCUCGAUCCAGGACGGCGUCUCCAAGUUCCUCUAAACUCGUGAACUAUCCCUUCUUGAUGCGUAUUACUCCACAUUCCUCCUUCCUUCCGAGGCCAUGCGCUCCAUCACCGCUUGGACUAUUCCGAUUCUCAGAAAACACUUCUCGAGCACCAAGUGUGGAUUGGCAACUGCUUGCUAAACUAUCUUUCCUGCCGUGCCCACUGUGCAUUCCGCGGGACAUCCAAGGAAGCCCUCGGUUGUCAUGCACAACCGCCCACGGCUCGGCCCAUCGCUGCCCCGUGAGCCGGGAGGCCUCUUGCUACCAGCAGCAGCUGCCACGUUCCUUCCAUUCGAGACUUCCUUGAGGUGCAAGAGAUUCGCAUGCCAAGCUUCCAUCCUCGCAUCCUUCCAACCAUGCAUGGAACAUGCGUAUUCGCCGACGCCAUGAUCUCAUGUCCUCGCAUCUCGUUCGAUCGUCUUCGCCAUGCUCCAGCGCUGCCCAUGCGUCGCGUCGCCAUGAGCGUUCGACAUGCGUGACGCCGCCACAACCCGGCAACUGCGUCUUAUCAACGCUGCAUACAAAGCGCAAGGUGUUCAACGUCCGAAUCAAAUAUGCAUUUGUGCGGCUUAGAUGGAUAUCAUUCGAAUUAAAUUCGGCGCCGGCCUCUUGGCGCUUGUAUCGGGUCGAAAAUUUCAAUUCAUUGACGUUGCCGU